GUUUUGUAGUAGUUGUUAAAGUACUAGCUUGUAUACUAGUAAAUUUAGCAGUAUUGUUAGGUAGAGCUUUAGUAGCUUUGUGCAGAGUUAUAGCAAGUGGAGAUAUGUUAGAUAAAUCUCUUAGUCUCUUGUGGUUAGCUUUAGUGCUGGGGACUACUGGGGUGUAG